AUGAUGACGACUCCUAUCCCCAAAACUAUGCACGCAUGGCGAAAACACCGAGGAAACAUGGAAGCGGUAUGGGAAGAAAUUCCUGUUCCUUCCGCCCCACCAACCGGCUUCUUGGUUAAACUCAUCGCCUCCGGCGUAUGCCGCAGCGACCACAAUCUACUCACCAAUGAAAAGCAACCGUCCUGGUUUCAGCAGCAGUUUACUCUCGGCCAUGAAGGCUGUGGUACUAUCAUUGAAGUUGGGGACUGCGUUCCAUCUAAUUGCGGCUUCAAGAUCGGCGACGUGAUCGCGCUUUUAUCGGUCCCUGGGUGCGGUCAAGACGACUGUCCUGAAUGUAGUAGGGACUUACCGCAAUUGUGUCAGACAGGGUACCAUUCGGGGAUAGGCCAAGAUGGAUUCUAUGCACCGUAUGCGACGAUUGAUGUUCGCGGUGCGGUGAAGGUUCCGCAAGGAGUCACGCCCUCUCAAGCUGCAGUUGCAACGGACGCCGUGACAACGGCCUAUCAUGCUAUCCAUCGACGAGGUGAGAUUAAGGAAAAUGAAACAGUGUUUUUAUUCGGACUCGGGGGUCUAGGCUUCAACGCUUUGCAGCUAAUUCGAGCAAUCGGGGCCAGAGUUAUUGUGAGCGAUAUUAAGCAGGAGAAUAUGGAUGAGGCGAAGAAACUGGGUGUUCCAGAGCAAGAUUUAGUGCCGGUCGGGAGAUCGGUGAGGAAGUUUGUGGAGGAGAAGGGGUUGGUGGGGAAGAUUGACACUGUGGCGGAUUUUGCAGGGACGCAGGAGACUUUUGAGGAUGCGCAAUAUAUCGUCCGGCAAGCUGGGAAGAUGCUCUGUGUAGGAACCUUGAACCACAAGAACACGGUGCACAUGAAGAUUGGUAUUCGCAAAAGGCUGAGCAUCAUUUUCUCAUACGGCGGGCAAACUCAAGAUCUAGCUAAAGCUCUCGAGCUGAUUCAGCAAGGGGUCUUGAAUCCUCAGGUCGAAGAUGGGAAGCUUUACGAUUUCCCCGCUGUUCUGAAAGCCUUGGAAGCUGGGAAUAUCAAGGGCCGAAUAGCUCUGUUGCAAGGCUAA